GCUGAGAGCGGGAUGGAGGGAGGAGUGUUGAAGUAAACCAAACAAGCCUCCACACCCUGCAGUCUGGGGAAGUUUCUCCGCAUUCCUGCCACACACAGCCCCAUACGGUUCACCCUAGCUGCACUAACAAAAACCAUAGAGUGACAGUUGAGAAGGCUGUUCUCUGAGUCCUUUAUGGCUGAAGUGAGCCGGCUUUGGGGGUGCUGUAUUAGGACCUUGGAGGGGCUGUGGGCCUGCAGCAGGAGCAGAGACCAGGAUCUCAUCAUCAACACUCUGCCAGUCUUACCAUGAGUACAGCAGGAGUGCUUGAAGAUGCAGGCAGUAGCAGAGACCCUCCCUCGCCAAUGGCCUCUGCUAAACUGCUCACAGCAUCAGCCUCAGGACCAGGAUGGACCAAAGUGUCCUGUCCCUGCUGCAUGUCACACCGGGUCGACCCACUGGUGCUGGUCAAACUGGGUAAAAAGGUUCGGCCCGAGACCAAGAGGUGGCUUCUCAAGCUCAUAGGAACUCUACAGAAAGAUGGAGGUGCAGGUUUAUUGGCCCACCCUGGUGAAGACGCCAGUGGGGACAUCAUGGUGCUCUCAGCCACCCGCUGCACCCUGCUCCAGGCCACUGAGGAGUUGGGACUGUGUAGAGUGUACAAAAAUGGUGAUAUGGAGGCAUUUUCAUAUGAGGACAGAGACAACUUUAAAGACUCAGACAGCAUGGAGGUGUUCCUGACCCUGGCAGAGCGACAGUACAUAGUAAAGUAUGAGUUGGAUGGAAUGCGAGCUCAGAGGGCCAUAAAAAUCCCAGGUCUGGAUGACAGCUACAUGCUACAACCAAGAGACAACAUAUGGCAGAAGCUAACUUCGGCUGGUGUUGUUGUGGACACUGUUGCCCUUCACGACCAGGAGCAGCUGAAAGCCCUGAGCCAGGCCUGGUAUGCGGGUAACCAGCUGGCUCAGCCUCUCGAUUCAGUCAAUUCUUACUUUGGGAGUUCUUUGGCAUUCUACUUCAGCUUCCUUGAUUUCUACACAUGGUCUCUGCUGCCCCCCGCUGUCCUAGGCCUGUCCAUUACAUACUUCUCAGGUGAAGUACAGAAGGAGGUGGUGGAGUCAGUCUCGGGGUCACAGGUCAUUGUUGAUGAUCACUCAGGCCCUGGCUUCAGUGGUCACAUGAUCCAAGCAGUCUUCAGCAUGCUGUGGUCCACUGUGGUGAUGGAGCUGUGGAAGCGGCGCAGUGCAUCUCUGUCAUACCGCUGGGGCACACUGCACCUCGCUGAGCGUUUUGCCGAACCCCGGCCAGGUUACCAUGGUAACCUGGGGGUCAACCCUGUCACUGGUCGAGUGGAGCCCCUGUUUCCUGAAUGGCAGAGGGAUCUUCGUAUGGCUCUAGUGUCAGUGCCUGUAGUCGGGUUGUUUCUAGGGCUGGUGGUGCUGGGCAUGAUGGUGUUUUAUUGGGGAGAGGCUCAGGUGAAGAGGAUCCACGCAGACUACGACUCACUGUGGUCUCAGACGUUCCUUUACCUACCCUCUGUCCUUCACAUCCUGUACACCAAUGUACUGGCCACUGUGUAUAAGACUGUGGCAGAGGCUUUAACUGACUAUGAGAACCACAGGGAAGAAUCAGCCUUUGACAAUCACCUCACUGGAAAAGUCUUAGUGUUCACCUUCUUCAACUACUUUGCUGUGCUCUUCCAUAUUGCCUUCUUCAAACAAGAUGUGCCUUUGCUACGAAAGCGUUUAGCCUCGCUGUUGAUUGUGACCCAGCUGAUAAACCAGGUGACAGAGGUGGUGAUCCCAUACCUGGUGGACCGGUUUAUCAGUGCCCCCAACAGAGCCGAGAGUGAAGAUGAUCCUCAAGAAGAUAAAUUCAGGAACCAAGGAACUCUACCUGUAUUCCCGGGUCUGUUUGCAGAAUACAUUGAGCUCCUCGUGCAGUUUGGGUAUUUAAGUCUUUUUUCCUGCGUGUUCCCACUGACCGCUGUACUGUUGCUAAUCAAUAACCUCACAGAGAUACGAUCGGACGCUUAUAAAAUUUGCAAACUCUUCCGCAAGCCUUUCGCUGCUCCGGUGGCCAACAUGGGCGUGUGGCAGAUUGCAUUUGAGGUGCUGAGUUUUGUGUCCGUUGUGUCAAAUUGCUGGCUCCUGGUGCUGUCGCCACAGAUUCAGGCUCAGUGCCUAGAGGGCGAACUGACCUGUACAAAAAUCCUGAUGUUGGCUGUGGGAAUAGAGCAUGUUCUGAUUCUUGUAAAAACAGUGCUGGCUAUAGUGAUCCCGGAUGAACCAGGCUGGAUCACCAAAAAGAGGCUUCAUAUAGAGUUUAAAUCAAUGCAGGCCCUCCGGCAGCAGAAGGUGUUUUAAAGAUGGUGAUUCUUGUAUCAUCCACAGUGUUGCAAACCACUGUGCCUUCAGAUACUCAAAGUGUAUGUGUCUUUGCUUCAGCAGUGUUCAGGUGUGUACACACCAGGGCUUGCCAACCACCCGCUUGAAAAAGUAAUGUAUGUGAAUUUACUGUAUUGUAUCUAAUGCACCACAGCUGAUAAAAGCUGGUUAGGCUUGAAGACAGACACUAAAAUGUUUGAAAUGCACCUUUUAGCAAAUAUUUAGCAGAUUGUAUUUAUAGACUUUUACCAAAGUUGACUAGUGAAAAAAACAUCGAAAGUAAAUAUGUAGAGAUUGAGUUGAAUAAUAUAACUGCCAUCUUGUGGCAAGAUAAAGGGUUGUCAAUUUGCAGAGUCGUACUUUGCCUUAAAAUUGUUUGUAUAUAGUUACAGUAGUGUGUGUGCAAUACCUAAUUUAGUCAAAAUUGAUUUUUGUGACGACAGCUGAGGGUCUAACCUUUCUGUUGAUUUAUAUGUUUGGUCUUUUAAUGGUUUUAUUGAAUUUUUUUAAACUGUAUUUUAUUAUGUUCAAUUUAUUGAGAGAUGGUUCCAGUAAAACAUAAUGUAAUAACAGUAUUGGAGAAGCCAAACAAAAACCACACAGUUACAGUGUGUCUAUAUUUUACAUUAUUUUAUUACAUAAAUGUUAGUAAGAUAAA